GUAGAUUCUUUGAUAAUUGUUAGAAUUAUGAAAGCUGUAGAAACUGACGACUGGGAGGUGUUGUCAGGGAGGGUGGAUAUGACACCACACAUUAUCUUGUCUGCUCUCCACUGUGUGCUUCAUCCUCCCUCUCUGGCUCCUCAUGGCUAACAAGAGUUCCAGAAUCUCCUUUGAGGUGAGGCCGGAAACCUCUGUAUUGGCAGAAGGAUAUGAUGGUAUUAUUCUGGUGACGGACUCUCUGGAUAAACUAAAAGGCACUUUGGAUGUUCUUCUCACUCCUCUCCAAGCUCUCGCUGAAUUUGAUGAAUCUGUGGUUAAAGAUGGUGCUUGUGCACGAGUGGAUGUUCCAGCUAAUCGUGUUGUGUAUGCACCAACUGGGCCUCUUAACCGUGACUAUGAUGAUGUGCGAAGGUUUGCAGAUGCUGCUGCAUCUGGAAUUAAAAGGUCAUUGCUACACCUUGCAUGUUUUUCUUGUCGACAUUUCCCGUUGGCUAUUCCCUUAGAGAGUGGCAGGUGUAUAGCACGAGAUAUUGGGGGUUCUGAUCCUGAGCGCAUGGCACCACCAAGAGUUGAGGAGUACGUGAAGAAGGUAUUCCAGGGAACAAAGGUGUCUCUGGAGAUAGUGUCAGAUGAUGUCAAGCUCUGCAAACAGUACCCUUUAUUUUCAGCUGUUAAUAGGUGUGCCAAAGGUGUACCUCGUCAUCGGGGCAGAGUUAUCUACUUGACCUAUGAGGGUGCUGGCCAAAUUGAGCGUACCCUGAUGCUGGUUGGUAAGGGUGUCACAUAUGACACUGGUGGAGCUGACAUCAAAGCUGGUGGAAUAAUGGCUGGCAUGCACAGGGACAAGUGUGGAGCAGCUGCUGUGGCUGGAUUCAUGGAAAUUCUUGCCAAGCUUCAGCCACCAAAUUUGAAGGUGAUUGGUUCUAUGGCUAUGGUACGAAACAGCGUUGGAUCAGAUUGCUAUGUAUCAGAUGAAAUCAUAACUUCACGUGCUGGUGUACGUGUACGAGUUGGUAACACUGAUGCAGAAGGUCGAAUGGCAAUGUCUGAUGUGUUAUGCCAUAUGAAGGAAAUGGCCUACAAAGAAGUUAAUCCAUAUUUGAUGACUAUUGCAACCCUCACUGGUCACUGUGUUUUAGCACAUGGUGAAGCUUACACAGCUAUAAUGGACAAUGGUCCAGCUGGCUUAGCUAGUAUGGCUCAGACCUUACAAGCUGCUGGAGAAGAUGUUGCUGAUCCCUUUGAAAUUUCAACCAUUCGUCGUGAAGAUUACGACUUUCACUGUGGCAAAAGUGAAUAUGAAGAUGUACUACAGUGCAACAAUUUACCUUCAUCACGCACACCUCGUGGACAUCAGACUCCCUCUGCAUUCCUUGUAAUGUCAUCGGGUCUUGACAAGCAUGGAAAGGAUAGCAGUCAGCCACUAAAAUACUCUCACCUGGAUAUUGCUGGAUCAUCAGGACCAUUUCCUGGCAUUCCUUCUGGUGCUCCAAUUCUUGCCCUCACCAAAGCUUUCAUUCCGAGUGCCUUCUGAUUUAUAAGUUGUUGGUUUGACAGGCUAUUACAGUGGACCCUCAGUUAUCGGUUGUAAUCCGUUCCAGAAGGUCGUCCUAAAUCCAAAAAGGUCGAAAACUGAAAUAAUAUUUCUCAUAAGAAUUAAUGUAAAUACAAUUAAUCCGUUCCAGACACCCAAAAAUAUUAACAAAAAAUACAUUUUUUAAAGAUUAACUAUAUUUUACAUACACAAAACAAUGAGAACUAAAUAAAAUGACUAAUGACAUGAAUAAAUGAACAUUUAACAUCACUUUUACCUUUAUUGAAGACUCUUGUUGGUGCUAAUAUCAACAGCUUAUUUAUCUAUCACAAUUUAUUUAUUUAUUUAUUUCCAAUUUGUGCACACAUACAGAGGUACAAAAAAAAUACAGAUAAGAGCAGUAUGCCAAAGCCACUUAUACUAUGCAUAGCAUUACGGGCUGGCUUAAAAUUAACUUAAGAUUAACUAAGCAAUGAUUAUUAUUAUUAUUAUAAUCAAAAAGAAGCGCUAAGCCACAAGGACUAUACAGCGCUGCUAAUUCAUAUAUUAUCACAUAAUGAACAAUAUUAAUAACAUACAAACAUGAUAUAUACUCUAGAAUCAAUAAAAUAUGUCAUUACGUAUGUGACUAGUGGUGGUGGUGGUGGUGGUAGUAGUGUUGCUGGGUUUUUCAGGGCCACUGACAGCAUAAGCGUAUAGUGGUGAUAGUGGUGGCGGCAGCGGCUACCACCACUACUCACAUUACUAGUAACACUGAAACACCACUAGUCACACUGAAACAAUGUACGUAAUUUAUAAACAAGAAAUAUUGUAUAAAAACAUAAUAGAGAAUGUAAAGAAAUAAAGUGGUUAUUAUGGAGAAUGUAAAGAAAUAAAUGGUUAUUGAGAUGCUGGCAAAGGUUUAGGGUGGUGGAAGAUAUGCAGGGCAGCAUAUGAUGUCAGUGGCCUUAUAUACCUCCAACAACAUUGGAGGAUUUAGUUUCGUGUCGUCCUUUUUCGAUCACUUAAUCGCUUAACUUGCUACACUGUUAAUGCUACACUUUAUCCCUGGCUGGCACUAUAGCCUUUAUCAGCUCCUGCUGCUUUUGUAUCGAACAUAUCGUAGAAUCACUGACUCGCUGAAGAAGGCACGUUUUCCCCUCUCUCUCAGCCCUUUACCAAAGGGCUGGCACUAGGAACUUUCUUUGGGCCCAUCGUGGCUUAUUUCACAGUCGCACUCGAUAAACAACCACAAAAAGCUAUGGAUUAUAACGAAAUGUUUGGAUGAAUGCGUAGAGUCUUGCUCACUCACCGAGAGACACAGCCAGACUGACUCAUGAGCGUGGUGGGCAGAUGUGUCCAUUAUGGCCAAUUUCCGAGGUGCCUGUCAAAAUCCAGGAUAGAAUUUCGGCCAAAAAAGCGGCCAAAAUCCGAUUUGGCCGAUAUCUGGAAUGGCCGAUAUCUGAGGGUCCACUGUAUAUUUUUUUAUUGGAUGGCAUCUAAUACCUAAGGCUUUACCAUUUUAUGGUAGAUAAAGUUAGAGGUGGGAUAUUGGUAACUAGAAUUAAAUGAAAAAUGCACAAAACUGUAGCUAAAAUUUGAAUGUUAAAAUAUGGUUGAACUCUCCUGUGUAAUAAUAAUAUAUUAAAAUUAAGUGCUAAACCUGAAAGGGUCAUAGUGCUGAAUGCUCCAGAAAUUUUUGAUCUUAAGGUUGGUACUUAAAUUUUGUUUUUCAUAAUUACAUUGAAAGCUCUUAGAAAGUCAAGUAAACGCAUCUGUGAUAUUCAGAGACCUUGAAUUCCGAGUUCAUAUAUGUACUGUAAUUUUUAUUAAACUUUUAAUAGCUUUCA